AUGGCUGAAAUUGUUGUUAGCGCUGUCAUCACGGUGCUGUGUGAGAAGCUGAUCUCUGGUGAACUGAUGAAGCUUGCUCGAUUCGAAGGAAUCGAUUCUCAGCUGAAGAAAUGGAAGAAAAACCUUCCCCUGAUCCAAGCCGUGCUUGCUGAUGCUACCCAGAAGCAGAUUAAAGAGAGAGCUGUUCAAUUGUGGGUGAACGACCUCCAGGAUUUGGCUUACAACAUUGACGAUGUACUCGAUGAUUUGGCCACCGAAGCUCUACGACGUAAGUUGAAUAAAGAAGCUCAUUCCAGCACCAGCACCAGUAAGGUACUGAAGUUCGUCCCAAAUUGUUGUACUAAUUUCACUCCUCGCAACAUUAUGUAUGGUCAGCAGAUGAGUUCUAAGCUAGAAGAGAUCACCACCAAAUUGCAUGAUCUUGUUGACCAGAGAAAUAAUUUGGGUUUGAAUGUGAAUGUUGAAAGGUCAAAUAUAAUAGAAAGACGAUUGGAGCAAACUUCACUGGUUGAUGAGUCCAAAAUCAUGGGUAGGGAAGGGGAUAAAGAAGCAUUGCUGGGGAAGUUGUUGGGGAAUGAAGAAUGUGAUGAAAAUGUGAGCAUAGUCGCGAUAGUUGGAAUGGGUGGAAUAGGAAAAACCACUCUUGCCAAAGUUCUAUACAACGAGGAGAAAGUGAAAGAUCACUUUGAAGUCAAGGCAUGGGUUUGUGUUUCUGAAGAGUGUGAUGUGUUUAACAUUAGCAAGGCUAUCUUCCAAGCAGUAACAGGUCAAAACAAAGAUUUUGCUAAUCUUGAUCUGCUUCAUGUGACCCUCAAAGAAGAACUUUCAAAGAAGAGGUUCCUAUUUGUUCUAGAUGAUGUCUGGAACGAAGACCACAGUAAGUGGGAACUCCUCCAAAGCCCUCUUCUUGUAGGGGCACCUGGAAGUAAGAUUAUUGUCACAACCCGGAGUACCAGAGUUGCAUCAGUGAUGGACUCGCAACAAACUUACCCUCUAGGCGUUUUGUCAAAUGAAGAUGCACUGUCAUUAUUUGCUCAACACGCGUUAGGUGAAAAAAACUUUGACAAACAUCCAACACUUAAGUUGCUUGGUGAAGGUAUGGUUCAGAAAUGUGGUAGAUUGCCUUUGGCUUUGAAAGCACUUGGGAGGAUCUUGAAGGGAAAUAGGAAUGUUAAUGAAUGGGAGGAGUUGUUGAAGAGUAAGAUAUGGGAUAUAGAUGAUGGAAAUAAGAUUCUUCCAGCUCUAAAACUAAGCUACUAUCAUCUCCCUCCACAUCUGAAGCAGUUGUUCGCAUAUUGCUCCUUAAUUCCCAAGGACUAUGUGUUUGACAAAAAUAAAUUAGUCCUAUUGUGGGUGGCAGAAGGAUUUUUGUCCCAAUCAAAAGGAAACAAGUCAAUGGAGAAUUUAGGUCAUGAGUAUUUUGAAGAGCUAAAGUCAAGGUCCUUUUUUCAACAACCAACGAAUGGCCAGUUAGGAUAUACAAUGCAUGACCUGAUAAAUGACUUGGCCACAAGUGUUGCAGGAGAGUUUUCCUUUAGAUUGGAUGGUGAGGUGGAUGUAUCUGAUAUGAAUGAAGCUUUUGAUAAGUUUCGUCACUUUUCACUCGUAGGUCCAAGAUCUGGAUCAUACAGAAAGCUUGAUGAAUUACAAAGAGCUAAACACUUGCGAACUUUCUUAGUCAUGUCAGUUGGUUUGGAAAACUACCACUUUUUGGACAAGGUUCUUCUUGAACUACAAUUCCUGAGGGUGCUAUGUGUCGUGGGCUUGAAUCACAUGUACCAAGGUAGUCAGAUAAUCACGAAGGUACCAGAAUCCAUUGGUAGUCUCAAGCAUCUACGGUACCUUAAUUUUUCUUGUACUAAAAUCACAUGUUUGCCAGAACAAGUGAGUAACCUUUAUAAUCUACAGAGCUUGUUGCUUCAAAAUUGUUUUAUAUUAUGUAGCUUGCCAGAAAGUUUUGCAAAGUUAAUAAAUCUGCGACAUCUUGACGUAAGUAAUACUCCGAAAUUGAACAGGAUGCCCUUAGGGAUCAGUGGGUUGACGAGUCUACAGACUCUAAGCAAAGUCAUUAUUGACGAAGAUAACAGGUUCAAAAUAUCCGACCUUAAGGACCUAACAGAUCUUCAAGGUUGGCUUACAAUUAAGGGUUUAGACAAAGUGAUAAAUCCAAUACAAGCAAAGGAUGCCAACUUACAUCAAAAGAAAGGUCUUGAUGUUUUGGUGAUGGACUGGGGUAAAGAGUUUAAUGAUUCUCGGGAUGAGAUGAUUGAAUAUGAAGUACUUAAAGAACUAAGACCUCCUCCAAAGUUAGAAAACCUCAAUAUACUGAAUAACAAGGGAACGAGAUUUCCUAGUUGGAUUGGUGAUCCCUCGUUUGAUCAGCUAACAGAGCUUAUAUUAUGUGGUUGUAGAAGUACACAUUUACCAACACUUGGAUGUUUACGGUCUCUUAAGAAAUUGAUUGUUGAAAGGAUGAAUGAGGUGAAGACUGUGGGUUUUGAGUUACUUGCAUCCACUUCUUCUUUUCAUAGUAUUGCAUUUCCAUCACUUGAAUUUCUAAAAUUUAAUGAUAUGCAAGGUUGGCAGAUGUGGUCGUUUAAUCGUGGCGACGACCAUAGGACUCCUAGAUCAUUUCCUCGUCUUCAUGAGAUCUGUUUAAGCAGUUGUCCAGAACUUGAUGAAGUGUCAAUCGGAUUGAUACCUUCACUUCGGGUUUUAUCUAUAGAAAAUUGUUCCGAAGCGGUGUUAAGAAGCAUGGUUGGUUUGUCCCCGUCACUUAUUGAACUGAAAAUGUUGAAUGUUAGAGGACUUACCCAACUACAUGGUGAAGUUUUAAUGCAUCUUAGGGCACUUGAACAACUUUAUAUUAAAAAUUGUGAUGAACUGAAAUACUUGUGGGAACAAGAAUCAGAGGCAUGCAAGAGUCUUGUGAGUUUACAGAAGUUGGAAGUAUGUUACUGUAAAAACUUGGUUUCAUCAGCCGAGAAAGAGGUUAAUAUUGGGAUCAGCAUGGAAUCACUUAAAUCUGUGAAAUUUCAAAACUGUGAGACAUUGGAGAGUUACAAUUGUACAAAUACUGUUGAGAGGUUGCUUAUAAGUAGUUGUGAUUCAAUGACAUCCUUGACCUUCUCAGCAGUGCAGGAGCACCCAUCCCCUCUUACUGAAUCGAUAGUCGGUGAUUGUGAUAACAUACAAUUACAACCCAAACCCAUUCCAGUCGAAGAUUUCCGUUUUCUCUCCAUGUCUCGCCUAAUAUAUCUUCAUAUUCUUGAUUGCAAGAAUCUAAAGUCAUUUCCUCAUGAGCAUUUUCAAAUUCUCACAUCUUUGGAGGUAAUGUUUAUGUAUGGUUGUCCAAGUAUGGACUACUCCUUCCCUUGUGGGGUGUGGCCUCCUAAUUUAAGCCAACUAACCGUAGGUUUGUUAAAUAAGCCCAUGUCAGAGUGGGGUCCGCAGAGUUUUCCUACCUCACUGGUUGAACUAUGGUUAUUUGGUGAAAAUUCAGGAGUGGUUUCAUUUGCAGUGGCAGACGAUAUGACGAAUACUACUACUCCAUCAUCAUCAUCAUCAUCGUCAUCAUCAUCUUUUCUUCUUCCACCAUCUCUUGUUUUUCUAACGCUCGAAAGUUUUGAGGAUUUGGAAUCAUUUUCAGAGGUUUUACCACACCUCCCUUGCCUUAAAAGACUUGAUAUCGUGUCAUGCCCGAUGAUUACAGAUCUUAAGACAACUUCCAGCCCAUCAAAUUUGACAAUAUAUGUGGGGAAGUAA